CAGAAGCCGGUUCUUCAACUCAACGCAUCAUACCAUAUCGAGAGCUUCUGAGGUGGCUGGUGGGAAUAUUUCAAUUGACUAUGCUUCCAGUUAUACAAUUUGGUCCCCGACCGUCAUCCUUCUCCUUGAUACAACAUGGCCGCUGCCACACUCCUUCUGCGAAUGGUGCUCAUGGGCACUCAAGCGCAUUAUGAAUUUCAAGGUCGUAUUAUCGAUGAAAAGAGACUCGAUCACCUCCUCGUGUGCGGCAAGCAAAUCCUCUUCAAAUCACACCAAGAAAGCGAUGUUCGAUCCGCCUUGGGCUCCAACCCCAAGGUUUGGGAGGGCCUGGCCAAAGUCCUGACAUUCGCGAUUCCUGUGUUGGAGCAACAGUCCUUUGCUUGGAAAGGCCCAGACCCCUCGAACAUCGAUAACAACCGCGGUCCAAAUAGUAGUUCCUCCGAGCUCAUUGCUUCCCACUACCCCUCCCUCGUCAAGGACAUUGAACGACUCAAUGACCUCUGCACCAUCGCACGAAACCUGCUCGCGACCACAAAAAAGGCACAAAAUCUGGCCUCGGAAAAAGCUUUUGACCAACAGAUCCUCAAGCUCAUCGAUGUCUGCGUCAAAGUCACAGCUAGAGGCUUUGACGGCCCCGAGGUAAAUCCCCGCAGCGAGGAACGAUGGCAAAAGGUGGUUAAUCUGUACAAGCGGCUUUUGAUCACAUGUCUCCAAUUUCUGCAUAACUUCAUCAUGCAUAAUGAACAAAGAAAGCUGGUUCUCUGGCUUGAUCUCUUUGGUCAAUCUCGCUCAGUCGAGGAUGAGGAACAUACCCUGGAUGACUCCAACGCUCAGGCAGAUGCGCUUGCUAGUCAACAGACGCAGGCUGCCCAAGAGGAAAGAAUCAGGGCCGCUGUGGAAAAUCUGGGACAAGCUGAUGCUGAUCGAAUCAAGAAUGGCGAACUUGAAUACAGCCUUGAUGAUGUUCAUGCCUUGUUUGAUUUGAUGAGCACCAACAAAAAUCCCGACCCUGGAACCAGGGAAGCAGCCAAGAUCCUGAUGGACAAGAUUAAAAAGGAUCUAGAGGCUACUUCUGGCUUGACCUCGGAUCAACUCGAUAACAAUCCUGACAUCUUGUUGAAAUAUGGGGCCGAGUUACGAGACAAGCUUGCAGGAACGGGCAACCGUGCAGCUCCCGGUGCGAUAAAUCAGGCAGCGGGGGAGACUGCUGUCGCAGUGGCCGCAGAUACGAUCAGUCGGCGGAAAGCAUCACCGUGGAAUGGUUUGCCCGAUUUCUCUUCAUACGGCGACAUCAACCCCAACCAGACAUUGACUGAAGAAGAUUUGACCAUGCCACGAACGGCUCAAUCUGCCGCCGCAACAUUGCAGGAAGCCAAAGAUGAGCUCAUGGCACGUUUGCACGAAUCCCAAGGUUAUCAGGAUAGCAUCCCAUUUUCUCUAGAUGAAGAUGGCAACCCAGUCCCUACAUAUGAUGAGGAUGACCUGGAUGAUAGUGGCGAUGAAGAGAGUGUGGACGAAGAUGAAGAGGACGAUGAGGACGACUAUGGGCGGUCCUCAGACCAGGAGAGAGGUCUCUUGACCGAUGUGCCUCUCGUUCUAGGACCCACUGAGAUUGAAGCAUUACCAAUGAUCAUACAGGCUGGGAUUGUGGACAAUUUUGGAUCCAAAGAAGCAGCUCGAAACGGCGGACGAAAUAUGCAGGCCGUGAGAUGUCACAUUCUUCUUGCUCAAGAGGCCGGUCGAAAUGUUCUCCGGGAGCUACUCAUUUUUAUUGCAGCCUGGGAUUUACCCGACGACGAGUUCUAUUUCAAGAUGAUGGUCCAGAUCAUGGAGGCCAUCCUCAAGAAUGGACUCAUGUCGCAUGCUUACGCCGACUUUGGGCAGCCCAAAGAUAUCAUUUCUCCCGCACAAGCCGUGGUCAUCAAGAUUCUGACGCACAUUUUCCGGUCGAAAUACAGCCCGGCAGCUGUGGUGCAGGACAACAACCAGUCCGUACAAAAGACCCGAAUUCCAUCAGCCCUGAGCCGAGUGGACGUCUUGACUGUUAGAUAUAUUUUCAUCGUCUUUCGCGGCAACAUUAUCCCUGAAACGUGUGCACUCAUCUAUCUUCAGGGCCAAAUCCGUGCAGGACUUGCCUUGGCCGAGGAUUUCCCUCUUAACCUGUGGGAUAUGGAGCGAGUCUACGAAGGGGUCUAUCAGUUCCUGGAGUUCUUCGCCGUCCUCACAGAGAACAAUGACUGGAAACGGCUAUUGGUGCAAUGGGAGAUUGUCUAUGAUUUGGUGACUUUGAUCAAAGAGCUUGACGCCAGUAUUGCAAAGGUGGCGCUCACUCAGACGAUGCCCGCACCAACAGCCGCGCAAUCAUCAGCAGCUACUGCAGAGCCAUCGUCUCAGUCAUCCAACGUUGAAAGACCGUACGAUCCAAGCACACCAGCAACGACCAACCAAGUGGAACCGUCUAGCGCGACGUCAGGUGCGGGUCAGUCCCGUCAAUCUCCACCGCCAGCUAUUACGGAAGAACCGGCAGAUUUUGAAUGGCGCAACCUCAAGAAGUUGAUUGUCCUGGUCCUCUCCAGUCUGGUGUGGAAAUCCCCUACCGUUCAGAAUCAAAUCCGGGAAUACGGAGGAGUCGAGACGAUUUUGAGUUGCACACAAUAUGAUGCAUGUAACCCAUACAUUAAAGAACAUGCCAUCAUGUGCUUGAAAUUCCUCCUUGAAGCCAAUCCGGAAAACCAGAAGCUCGUGAGCAGUCUCGAAGCUCGAGAAGUUGUGCCCAAUGGGCCCAGUGGUCGAGAGGAACUUGAACGGAUGGGAGUGGAUGUUAGUUUGAGUGAGGAGGGCAAGGUCAAAGUCAGCGGCCGAUCGAGCACUCGAAGUGCGUCAGGUUCGGCCCGAAGAAAUGAGGCAAUGAACCGAGAAAGACAAAGGGAAAAGAUUGCCCGAGAGAGAAUGGAGCAAUUGACGGUGAAUGAUGGUGUGGGCGAGUUUGACGAAGAAGUAGAUUUUAUGUGAUGGGUGAUGGGUCAAGGACCGACAUGGAUACGAUGGAGAUGAGAUGAUCACGACAUGGAUACUGAGGAUGACGCUGUGGGAAGCAUCAUGUACAGCUGAGGAUGGUGGCUAUGCACAUAGAGUUGUACAGCAUUCGUUGUGGCUGACUAGUAUCAGGUCAAUAUUGAGGCCUUGAACAUAGAGGCUGAGUAUAAUAAUCAAUGAUUAAUCA